AUGACCGGGAAAGUCAAUAGAGACCUUUUUUUUAAACUCGCUUCUGAUCUUCAAGAAGAACGAUUACAUGCAGCUGUUGCCUUGAUAGAGGAUCUAUCAGCAUUAAACUUGCCCAGCGAUGCAGAAGAAUGGCUAUAUGUACUGAAUCGUUUGGUCAAGGGUUUAGCCUCUGAUAGAAAUAGUGCAAGAUUAGGAUUUUCGUUAUGUUUGACAGAAGUAAUAAAUCUGGCCAUCAAUAUGCCGUCAGGUCAACGGCCAAAGGGAUUAGAAUCAACGAAUGACUUCUUAAACACAUUAUCCUCAGUUCUAGACGUUAAUGUCAAUGACGGGGGUAAGAAAUCCGUAAAGGGUAAAGAUGAACGUGGAAUUUUAUUUGGUAAAUUAUUUGGUUUGAAAUCUUUAUUGAACGAGCCACUGUUCUCAGAAAUCUUUAUUAAAAAUUUCGAGAAUGGAAACACUGAUUUUUUUAUACGGUUUACAGAAGAGCUAAUCGAUUUGGCUCUAAAAAAAAACUGGAUCAAGGAACCGUGCUUCUUUACUCUUUUCCAGACUAUAAAAAUGCUGCUACCAUUUAUAGACGAAAGCAUUGCCGCAAAAAUUCUUCUGAUAUAUGACAAGUAUAAUAUGACUUUAACGAAUGAGGGGUUGUCAACUUAUUUGUUGCUGAAGUAUGGAGGUGAUAAAAAUCUAAUUCCUUCAACGCUAGAUUUGAAGAAUUUAGGCUGGAAAAGCGAUGAUCCUUUAGCCAGGGGAAAUCUGCCUCUCCUAACAAAAGUUUUAAGAGACUCUUCUGUCAUUCCAGAUACCGAUGGGAAGUCAAGAGAUACCAAAAAGCAAAAGAAUACGAACUGGAACCCUAGGCUCCAUUUUGUAUGGGACAUUUUGUUACCGUUGUUUGGUAGUGGAAAAUUGGAAAAUACCGAACACGUAUCCAAAAAGAGGAAGAAAACAAGCACUAAAAAGGUCCAAAAUUCAAUUCAAUUUCCAGAGUUUUGGAAAAUGGCUAUAGACGAAUCAUUUUUUAACGAAAAAGCGUCUAGUGAAAGAAAAUAUUUAGGCUUCCUAAUAAUCGAUGCAGCAUUUAAGACAGUCCCUGGCUCUUACAUCGGCUCUUGUUUCAGCCAAAAUGUUAUGAGAACUUUGAUCAACCAAUCUAUUGACUCACAAAGAGUUUUGAAUAAGAUAGCUCAAAUAACUUUAGGAUCCAUAGUGAAAGCAUGUGAAGAAGAUCUCACAAAUAAGCUAGUACCUUGUUUGAAUUCUAUGUUAUUCGGUCCUCACGGUUCCGUAAACUUUGAUAAGUUAACUAAAUCCAGCACUGUCUCCAAACUUAUUGCAAUAAAGGAGCUUCCCUCGACUGUCCUUACUCAAUUGCUUAAUGUAUUUUUACCGCAACUACAGCAAAGUAAAAGAGAUUUAACUCAUACACAUUUCAUUCUUGACUCUAUCCUUCAUAUAAUCCGUGCGCACAAAGUCGAGAUUGAUGACAUGGACGUGAUGAAGCCUAUAUUAACACCAAUUAUAUAUAUGGCCUUCUUCAAAGAUGCGACAGAUGACCAGGAGCUAGAACAAUUGCACGAACUAGCAAAAGAAAGACUCUUUUCCAUUCUUGGUGAGUUGACAAUGAACAAAGAAAUACACUCCGAAGACCCUGAAAUAAACUCAUGGCAAUUUUUAACAUUAAAGUUAAUUCUGGACAUGGAAAAGUCUCAUAGAGGGAUUCUAAUCAAUCCACUUGACGAAAAUUUGGAAAAGACAAAAGAGGAAGCUAUAUCUUCCUUGGCUGAAAUCUCCAGGUCAAGCACCGCUCAAGCGUGGGGUCUAAGCACAUUGUUAUCGAUGUGCCUAAUACAAUUAUAUGCAGGUGAAACUGAUUCUAUUUCUGUGAUAGAAGAACUAUGCGAGUUUUCAAAAGACAAGAACAAUUCAAUGGUAGGUAUCACUGAAAUAUUACUAUCACUACUAGCUCAAAAAAAGGCAUUACUCAAGAAAUUAAGUUUGAUAAUUUGGCAGCAGUUUAUUGAAGAUGUUGGGUUGGAAGAAUUACAAGUUUUAUUAGAUGUUUUAAAAGCAAGAGAGAACAAGCAGGGGUUUGCCCAGCUAUUUGAAGGCGAAGGAGAAUUCGAAGAAAUCAAAGAGGAAGAAAGUGCUAGUGAAGACGAAUCGAAAAGUGAAGGCGACAGCGAAAGCGAGAGUAAUAGCGAUGAUGCUGAUGAAAAAGACGAAGAAGACGAUGCGAAUGAGGAAGUUGUGAAUAUCGACAAAGAGGCCACAAGCGCCUUGGUGAAAGCGUUAAAUUUACCCGACAAUAUAGUCAAUGACAAAGGGGAAGUUGACAUAGAUCAACUUGAAGGGCUUUCUGAUGAUGAUGAAGACGAUGAAGAUGAAGAAUCGAUGGAUGAUGAAAAAAUGAUGGAGUUGGAUGGCCAGUUAUCUGAAAUCUUCAAACGCCGUAAAGAAGCAUUAUCCAACAUAUCUACUGGAAAUCAGAGGAAAGUAGAAGUUAAAGAAUCUAGAGAAAACGUUAUUUCCUUCAAGCAUAGAAUUGUUGAUAUGUUAACCGUUUACGUCAAAUAUUGUGAAAAGUUGGCUCUUGCUAAUAAAAGUGAGGAUUCUAGCAGCAUAGGAAGUCCAUUAAGCAAGCUGGUUUAUUUUAUAAUCCCAAUACUUAAGUGUAUCAAUGAGACUCUUGAUAGACCACUUGCAGACAAAAUCUCUAAAUUACUCAAGGGGAAAAUAUUCAAGAUUAAAGUAAAUGCGUUUAAAGAAAUGGAUAAAAACAUCGAAGUUAUGGAUCUAUUGAAAUCAACACACAAGGUAUUACUAACUUCUAAACCUGGUCAACAUCCCGCCGUGUUUUAUUCAGCAUGUUCAACCAGUUCAUUGUUUUUGAGUAAAUUAUACGUUGAGAUUCAUGGUAAUGAUAAGCUUGACGAAUUGAUUGAUCUGUACGCCGCAACAACCAAAGAAUGGACUAAUAGAGGAAAAUUUGGCGCUAACGUCUUCAUAGAUUUCAUUAAUUGGCUAUCUUCUAAAAAGCAAAAUGUAGAGGAUGAGAAAUAG